GAGAGAGAGAGAGAGAGAGAGGCACGGCUGCGUUUAUUUAUACUUAUAUUUUUCGUUAUAACCAAACAUCAUAGACAAUUAUAUACAGCAAUCAAAAAAUGUCAGAGAAAAAGAGAAAAAUGUAUCUAUAUGAUGAAAAUGCACCAGUAACAAAAUAUGCUAUCACUAAAGCUAUAAAAUCCAUUGAAGAGGAAAAAAUAGAUGAUCUACAUAAAAUUAACUGUAGUUCAAUCCCUAUUGAGCCAGAGUUGCCUGCAAUUCGACAAUUAGUUGAAACGAUUAAAAUUGACGACAAUAAUCCAAUAGUAGGAGACACGCAAAAUGCUAAAUCAUCUGAUGUAUAUGACUACAAAUUAUUUGAUUCUGAUAAUAUUGCUACAGAUAUUUUAUAUGAAGAUAUAUACAGCAGUGACGAGGAAUUGUCAUCUCUUUUAAAGGAAACAAUGAAAAGUGCCAAUACGGUACGGGAUUGACUAGAUGACAGAGAAUUUUUUAAUUUAAUGUCGUUACACGUUAAAAGAAGUCCUGCUGAAUUAUUAUUAAUGGCUCUAAAAUAUUCUAUAUCAAAUUCGUUAUCCGUUUCAGGUAUUUCAAAUUUAUUGAAAUUUAUAAAUAUAAUAUGUGGUAAAGAUGUUUUACCGGAAACUCGAUAUAAAAUAGAUCAAUUAUGUAAUGAUGAUAAAAAUAUUACAUUACACGCUACUUGUCCUACGUGUACACAAUACAUUGGUAAGUUUGACGAUUUUACGGUAUCAGUCAAUUGUAUAAAGUGCAAUACAAGUGUUGAUGUGUCAAAUCCAUCAAA